AUGACCGACCAAAACAUUGACGAGCAAGACCACGUCGGAUAUGCAAACAGCACAAGCAGGACGUCAACGGCAGCGCGACCACAGCGAGGCCGCCAGGCAGAGGGCGUGCCCGGUGCAGAGAAGGUCACCGAGGACGGCAAGAUCAUCCACGGCUGGAACGGCCCGGACGACCCGGACAAUCCAUUCAACUGGCCCUUUUGGUACAAAUGGGUGCUCACCGUGACCAUCUGUUUUGUGUCGAUCCUGACGGGGCUCCCGGCGGGAAGCUAUGGGGCCGGGGCGUCGUACAUCAGCAGCCAGUUUGCCGUGCUGAAUAGCCCCUUUGACAAUACCAUCUGGGCCACGGUGUCGUGGAACAUGGGUGCUGCGCUGUGGCCACUGAUCUUUGUUCCCUUGACAGAAUCCAAGGGCAGGAUGCCUGGGUAUUUUGGAGCCUACAUCAUCUUUGUGGCCUUUCUCUUUGGCUCUGCUUUUGCGCAAAACUAUGCCACGAUUGUUGUGACUCGUUUCUUUGGAGGUGGUGCCUCAUCAGUCAGCAUCAACAUCGUCGGCGGCAGCAUAGCGGAUGUAUGGAAAGGCGACAGGGCCCGCUCCCUGCCAAUGUCCCUCUUCGGCUUCACCUCAGUGGCGGGCAUCGCCCUUGGCCCUUUUGUCGGCAGCGUUAUUGUCCAGAUCCAAAAGACCGACCCGUGGCGGUGGAUCUUCUACAUCCAGAUCAUCUACAACGCCGGGCUGAUUCCCAUCUUCUGGUUCAUCCUGCGCGAGACGCGAGGCGACGUGAUCCUCGCCCGCCGCGCCAAGAGACUGCGCAAAGAGACGGGCAAGCCCAUCUACGCCGAGAGCGAGCUGUCCCGGGACUCCGUCCUGCAGCAGCUCAAGAUCUCCUUCUACCGGCCCUCUCGGAUGCUCACGACCGAACCCGUGGUCAUCUUCUUCACGCUGUGGGUGUCCUUCGCCUGGGGCGUGCUGUUCCUCUUCUUCAGCUCCGUGGUGCAGACCUUCCAGGACGCGUACGGCUUCGACACGCUGCAGACGGGGCUGGUCCAGCUGGCCAUCAGCGCCGGGGCCGUCAUCGCCACGCUCAUCAACCCGAUCCAGGACUGGGCCUAUCUCAGGUCGAGCCGCCGCAACAAGGAGCGGCCCGGCAAGCCCAUCCCCGAGGCCCGGCUGUACUUUGCCGUGCCGGGCUCGCUGCUCUUCGCCGCGGGCCUGUUCUGGUACGGCUGGACGUGCCGCGGCAGUGUGCACUGGAUUGUGCCGACGUGCGGCAUCGCCUGCGUGGGCGUCGGCAUCUACAGCAUCUAUCUGGGCGUCGUCAACUACCUGACCGACGCCUACGAGAAGUACGCCGCCUCGGCCCUCUCGGCUGCCAGCCUGGGUCGGAACACCUUUGGGGCUUUCUUGCCUCUGGCUGCCAAGCCUCUGUUUGCCAACCUCGGGUUUGGCUGGGCUGGCUCGCUGCUGGGCUUUGUCGGGGUCGCCAUGAGUGUGAUUCCUGUGGUCUUGUUGUUCAAGGGACCUGCCAUCAGAGCACGCAGUCCGUUCAUGAGUGAAUCGACUUAUGAUGAGGAGGAGAGGAAUCAAACCAAGUGA